AUGACACCAACCAGGGUUCUUGGCCUUCCCCAGUCAGUCGAAAUUGAUCAGAGGCCAGACAAGAGAUUCAGGCAAGGCUUGAUGGGGCCCCUGCCGCAGCAGAGGGAGGCAGGAACAAACAGCCCCCCUUGCUUGCUCGCUGAGGGAGUUGAGCUGGUUCCUUAUACGAGGCAAGUAGGGGUGUGUCCAGGGUUUGGCCCAGAGCGGCGGUUAGGAGGCUUGCCCACCCCUGAGGUGGUGUUGAAUGCAGCGGCCACGCCCAGCAGACCCUGCUUUUUUGCUUUUUUGGCUGCUGGUUGCUCAGCAGUGGCCAUGGGGUUUUUGGUCUUUUUGUAG